UUGGGUCACUCGCGUCGCUUCCAACCAACUUGUACUUCGUUUGUAUUUUCUGUAGAGGUGCCUUUCUCUAAACUUGCAGCAUAGAACGAACAUAGUAUUUUUAGUUAGUGUUUUCAACCAAGAAAGAAAGCUGGCGGGUGUGCAAAUGUGUUAAAUUAAUGUGGCCGUAAUAGAUUAUUUCCAUUCUGCGAACAAUAGUGUUAUAAUUUGUUCAAAUAGUUGAUGAAAUAGUCAAGGGCUGAGGGCGCGACGAGUGGCAAGUCGGCAUCAUGGACGACGACCAGCAGUUCUGCUUGAGGUGGAACAACCAUCAGUCAACACUGGUGUCUGUGUUCGACACGCUAUUAGAGAAGGGUAUUCACGUAGACUGUACCCUGGCAGCGGAAGGACAAACACUCAAGGCUCACAAAGUGGUCCUGUCGGCUUGCAGUCCUUAUUUCGAGAGUGUAUUAUCACAACAGUAUGACAAACAUCCAAUAAUUAUAUUAAAAGAUGUAAAAUAUGCAGAACUGCGAGCUAUGAUGGACUAUAUGUAUAGAGGAGAAGUGAACAUAUCUCAGGAUCAAUUGGCCGCUUUGCUGAAGGCUGCAGAGUCGUUACAGAUCAAGGGACUGUCAGACAAUAAACCCUCGAGGCCACCGUCGCGUCCGGCCCAGGCCGUGGUUGCACACCCGCCUCGAGUACCCUCACCACCCCCACAGGUUCGAGAUGGCAGUAUAGACAGCCGUGAAGGUUCAGUAAGUCCAACUCGCCGCCGGAAGAAAGCGCGUCGCAUGUCGACUGAGACUGCGCCGGUGCCCAUACCGCCUGCCACUGACACCGCUCAAGGCAACGGCGACGAGACGCAGUGCAAGGAGGAAGUCGCCAGAGAUGGUGUUGAGGAUCUCACCCUCGACGAGGAGGCGGAGGAGCAGCCCACAGCUACGCACAACGACGUCGUACGCAAUUUCCAAUGGCACAUGGAACGAUCUCAAGACGAUGUUCUAAAUUCGAGUGACAGUGUUCGAGAGUCGCAAGAAUUACACAAGGAUACCCACCUACCGGCACUGCUGUCGCUGCUGUCGGUACAGCACGCGCAGUCGCCGGCGCUGGCCGCCCUCGUGCCGCCCUGCAUCCAGCUCACUAACGUGAUCAAACCUAGCGUUACCAAAGACAUCGCGCCCUUCCCCUCACAGUUGCACCUCCCCAAACUGCCCAUAGACACGUUGAACGCCAUGCCCGACAAUAUUAAAGCGCAUAUACUGCAGCAAGCUUUCAUGCAGAACAACAACAGCGUCGGCCAGGCCGUAGACUACAAGCCGCAGACGAAGCAGGACGAGGACUCCGACGCCGAGUACGACGACACGGACGACAUCGUACUGCCCGAGGAGACGGACGCGUUCUACGACUCCAACUCGAUGUUCCCCAACUCGGGGAUAGUGAAUACGGGCGACGUGUUCGACAAGCAAGACAGCAAGGCGUACGGCAAGCGGGACGGGAACAGCUCGGACGACGCGAGCAGGCAGUUCGAGUGCAGGCACUGCGGGAAGAAAUACCGCUGGAAGUCGACGCUGCGUCGCCACGAAAACGUGGAGUGUGGCGGGAAGGCACCCUCGCACCAAUGUCCGUACUGCUCGUACAAGGCCAAGCAGCGCGGCAACCUCGGCGUCCACAUACGCAAGCACCACAACCAGGAGUGGUACGCGUACGCCACCAACAAGGUGAGGCGCAACAAAAAGACAUCCAUCUAAAUAUAUUUAUUUAUACGGAAAUGAAUUAGACCAAAGUAGAUACCCAACCAAAUCGGUACUGCAAUAAUUAUUUAUAUUUACACUAUUAUUAUUUUGUUGAGAACGUUUUAUUAUACACUAAAAUGUAGAUGUAAUUUGCACAUUCCCUAACGGCAUUAGAUAUAAUUUUGUUGUUUUUGUUUUAUAGUUUAUUGACGUAGUUAAGACUGACCCCCUAAGUAUUCAAAAGAAUAUGGCCCAAGGUCGACUAUUUAUAAUUUAUGAUAUAUGAUAUAUUUACGAUUGCAAACCGUUGCGGUGUAAAGACUUCACUUGUAUUGCCGAUCGCAGUUCGUGAACGGUGCGGUCGAUUAAAGUAUCCAUCCAAAUAACUCGAAUUUGUCUAGUGUUACGGCCUGUCAUUCCUAAUAGGGAACUAGGUAAUUCCAAAUUUAUAAUUUAGUGCAAUGAUAUUAAGAAACCUGUAGGUAGGUAAUGUUAUUAUAAUCUUUAUAACUAACGCAAUAACGGAUAGAGGCGCCUCCCCGUACGGGAGUGUUGUUAUUAAUGUAUCAUUACUGAUAUUGUCAUCUGUCACGGGUAGAGAAUUUAUUUUCAUUCUGAUUGUAUCGUUAGUAGAAUAUCUAUUAAGUUAUUGUUCAUAAUUUAUUAAAUAUUUUAUUUGUUUUUUUAUCUAGUUUAUUUCUAGUUCGAGGGACCACUUUUCCUUGUCUUCCUAACGUUCUUUGUGCAAACCCAAAGUUUAUUAAUUUAAAAAGUUGUUUAUUAGUGUAAGUUAGAGGACUUUUGGAGUCCGCCGUAAGCUCGCAAUGCCUCAAAAAAAAAAACAGUGUGCACACAUACAACUUUACACGCUGUCGCAGUACUGUAGACUGUCAUAUGUAUAUAUGUAUAUAUGUGUACUGCAACAAAUUGAGGCGUGAGGCAUUAUUAAUUAGAUAAUGGAAGCUCAUCCACAAUGUGCCUACGAUGUUACCUGUAGAUGUAUAUGUAAUAUAUAUGCGAUAUUACAUGUUGUUUGGUUUAUAUAAAGUCUAGAGAGAAUGUGUUCAAAAUAAAUUCUAAAUUUAUUGUAUUGAUAUUAUAUGAUAUUUAAAUGCAAUAUUCCAAUAAUCUUUUAGCAUAUUGACUGUUGAUAUUUUUGUUAAACUAGGAUAACAAAGCUAUUUGACCAAAGUCAGUAUUAGUUUAUUAACGUGAUGAUAUGUAAUAGAAUGUUAAUGUUGUUGAAGCAUUCGAGUCAUUGCUAAGCAUUAAGAAAUUGUUUUGAUAUGCAAUAUUCCCAUCAUAUCAUGUUUACGGUUUAAGGUACUGAUGUAUGAUUUAGGAUACAAUUUUUGAUGUUACGACGUUUACAUUGUUUGUUAAUGUUAUUGGAAAAUUAGUUACGAUUAGUGUGAUUUUUAUAUGAAUAUAUUGGGGUUCACUUGGUAGAAAAUUUUAAUCAAAU